AUUUAUAUUACAGUGCAUACGGGUUUAAAUUAUCCCUGGGAAUAUGUGCAGGAUGAUUAUAGUUAAUCCAUGCUUAUUCAAAGUGUGCUGGGGCUGAUUUCUCCUCCUCCUUGCUUGCCUCCCCAUUCAUAUAACCCAGGCUGUCUCCAGCUAUCCCAUUGGACUUGCUGGCCCUGAGCACGUGAAGGUGCAGUGAGUCGUGGAGAAUGAGCAUGUUCUUCUCUGAGGCAGCGUGGUUCUGCCUGGCUGUCACUGCAGCCCUAGGGAGCAUAGUUCUCUGCAAACACAAGAGCCCAGGGCAGCUGGGGAGCCCAGUGUUCUGGCUUGCUGGCCUCUGCGGAGGGGCUUACCUGCUCAUCCUGUCCUUCUUCUGGAGCUUGGUUCUCUUCUCUUUGUCGUGUUUCCUCAUGUGUAUGUACUCAGCUGACCAAGAGUUGUUACCUGUGGAUCAAAAGGCAGUCCUGGUGACAGGUUGUGAUUCUGGAUUCGGCCAUGCAUUGGUCAAGAACCUGGACAAGUUGGGCUUCACAGUAUUCGCUGGAGUUUUAAAUGAAAAGAGCUCAGGAGCUGAGGAAUUGCGAAGGAACUGCUCCAAGCACAUCACUGUGCUCCAGAUGGACAUCACCAACCCAGAACAGAUAAAAGAUGCUCACAGCAAAGUUGUAGAGAAGGUGCAGGACAAAGGACUGUGGGCUCUGGUCAACAAUGCUGGGAUCCUUGGGUUCCCAGCAGAUGGAGAACUCAUUCCCAUGACUGAGUACAAAAGAUGCAUGGAGGUGAACUUCUUUGGACCCAUAGAAGUCACGAAGGCAUUUUUACCUCUUCUUAGGAAAUCGAAGGGGAGGUUGGUGAAUGUCAGCAGCAUGGGAGGAGGGGUCCCAAUGCCGAAGAUGGCGGCUUACAACCCAACCAAGGCAGCUCUGACUAUGUUUUCAUCAAUUAUGAGGCAAGAACUUUCCACAUGGGGAGUAAAAGUCUCUGUGGUCCAACCUGGAGGCUUCCAAACCAAUAUCGCAGGCACAAGUGAUGUAUGGGCCAAGAAAGAAAAGGACAUCGUGGAUCAUCUUUCCCAAGAGCAGCUGAGGGACUACGGCCAGGACUACCUUCUUCUGCAGAAGAAUUUCGUCAGUGCCAUGGUACGCCAUUGCAGCCCAGAUUACACCCCAGUGCUCCGGGACAUCCAGCACGCCAUCUCUUCUCAGAGCCCUGCUCCCUUCUAUACGCCAGGGACAAUGGUUUCCCUAUGGCUCUGCUUUGCCUCCUUUUUCCCUACUUGCUUAUUUGAUUAUUGUGUUAAAAAACUAAUUGGCCAGGAUCAGGGCAUGCCCAGAGCUCUACGCAUGCCUAACUAGACCUCAGUGUCAUAGUCUUUCUAGAAGGACUAUGCCUGGAUGUUGAUGGCUGCUGAUUCAUCAGGGAAGUGGCUGCUGAAGUUUGGCUGUGGCAAUUUCUCUCUCUGUCUCUGUCUCUCUCUGUCUCUGUCUCUGUCUCUCUCUCUCUCAGAGACAGGCCUUACUAUAUA